AUGACGGAAGGUUCCGAUUCAAGGAGAUCCCAACUCGUUACCGACAAGAUUCAGGAAGCAAAUGCAGCUGGCAUGCUCGUUGUCGUCACGGCAGGUGAUGUGCACCUGGAUCUGGACAAAAAUCCAUACUUCCCUUGUACCUUCGGCCGUUCACCCGAUGAUGGAGUGUUAUGUGUGGCUGAAACGUAUGGUCCAAAAAUGCAGCUUAUGAUUGAAAGCAAUUUCGGUUCAGCUGUUGACAUUGCUGCUCCAGGUAACGAAAUAUUUACAACUGAUCUCAAAGGGGGAUAUACCAGAGUUUCGGGUACUUCGGAUGCUGCCGCUAUUGUAGCAAGUAUAGCUGGGAUGCUCUACAGCCUUGAACCUUCUCUGAAGACUAAGCUGACCCCUGCUUACAUCAAAAGUAUCAUCAAGGAUACGGCCACCAAAGGUGUCAAGGACAGUGAAGGAAAGAAGACUCUCUCCUUCGGCCGCGUGAAUGCUGCGGCGGCUGUCAAUAAGAUACUUGGAAGGAAGAAGGUUUAA